UUCGGAGGGCUAGAACGAUGCUCACAUUUAUACAACUAACGUCACGGUCUCGGAUCAACGGCAAUCUCGGCAGGCACCGACAUACACAGGGCCGCACGCACACAUCCGUAUGUGUUAUGCUUAGAAAUAAGAUUGGUUCGACAACCUGUCCAGUCUCCGUGACCACACAGCCUACAUGGACGUAAAAACGGCAAAAAUAUACUGUGAUAAUUGUGUUCGGAUUUAUUCUUUAACAUUACUGCAAAACUUAAAUAAUUACAAUAGUUCGAAUAAUAUGCAAACAUUGUUUGAGUAUAACGAAGACGAGUGCCCAUGGUAUUACUUCGAUAGUUCUUAUAAAACUUUACUUGGAGGAUGUCUAAUAAUAUUUGGUGUAUUCGGGAUGCUGCUAAAUGGUUGGCUGUUUGCCACUUUCAUCCACAGUCAUCUUCUUAUUUCCAAAAGCCAUGUUCUGAUACUUAACGUCUGUUCUGCUUCACUGGGCAGAAAUUUACUUGGUUUUCCAUUUGCAGCAUCAUCUGCAAUAGGCCAAAGAUGGCUAUUCGGCACACAUGCGUGCCAGCUUUUUGCAUUUUUGAAUCAAUUUUAUGGAAUUUUUCAAAUGACAACUUUAUUCACCGUUGUUCUUGAGAGAUAUUGGUUAGCCAGAUACACUAGGCGAGAGAGAUCUAUCUAUUAUCGAUACUAUUGGACGUUAACCGCGGGCAGUUGGCUAAAUGCCGUGGUAUUUGCUAUUCCACCCUUAUUCGGAUAUGGAGUGUAUUCUUGUGAUGCAACUGGUACUAUAUGUACUUUAUUAUGGCCUUCUGUUCAAGCUGGUGCAAAACAUUUGGGCUAUGUGGUUCCGUAUGUGAUAGUUUGUGGGGUCGUUCCAGUUAUUGGCAUAUUUUAUUACAUGGGAAAGGCAAGUCGAUUGGAGAAUAUUUAUUACAGAAAUGAGAUGCUUAGAGAGGAGAAGCAUUUAACAAAGUGUAUACACGUGUUAAGCGUGAUAACUUUGGCAUUAUGGAUCCCAGCUGCGUUGGUGGCGGGUAGCCAGUGGUUCCCGCUGCUACUCUAUGGAUAUCGUCCUCAUGUGCCCCCGGUGCUCGCUUUGAUUGCACCUAUUACCUCUGAGGCGGCGACUUGCGUUCCUGUAUUGUGUUACUUGUCAGGUGACACCAGAUUGAGAGCAGCAUUAUUAGGCAGAAUGCGAAAGAAUUAUGCACUACUGCCACCUCAAUACGCGAUGAGAUACCGAAGGGACUAAUAUUAUUUCUUUAAAAUUAACUAAAUGCGUCUCUUAUGAAUCUACUGCAAGAACCAUGCCUUGUUUAGGCUGGUUGAGGAGUCAUGAAGAAGUUCUUCACAAUGCUGCAGCCUAGAGUUGGGGUUAACUAUACGAAGAUUUCUUUGGGAUUUAUUUCGUACUCUUAAUAAAUG